GACUGGAGCAAAGUCAAGACGGUGGUUCCCUUCAGUCUGCAUCGCACAAUUUCUAUACAAUCCACUAUCAAGGAAUUUCUGUUCGUCACUUUCAGCUGAUUAGAUAUUCCUAGCCAUGGAGAACCAAGGCGGUGGUCUGUCGCCGUCUUCAUUCGAUGACUACAACGCAAAACUUCAAGCCGCUGCAUUGAAAGCAACUAAAUAUGCACUAUCUCUUCCUUCCGAUCUUACUUUUCAUCAGACCAUGAAUUCUGACCUUGCCGAGGACCUGGAUUCAUUCUCAUCAAGAGUACUUUCCAUGGCCAAUGAUCUACUGGCUUUGGUGGAAACAACGGGGUCCUCAAACAGCACUCGCGCAAAGGGCAAGAUGAAGUUAGAAAGCCAGGAUGAUGUCGUAGAUAACUUUCACUCAUUGGUGGUCGAUUCAAUGGAUCAGUUGUUGGAGCGGACCGAUACGUGUCUAGACGAGUUCCUGGGGCGCAGAAAAGCACCAGCCAUAGCCAUCAAUCCUACACAGCUGCCAUUACAAAAAUCGCACAAACCUAACGCAUCGAGAGGCCGUUUGGACCCUACAUGGCAACAUGCUUCGCAUUUACCCAAGCCACAGUUAUCUUUCAAAACCAAAGUCGAUAAUACCGUCGAUUCACCAUGGCAUCCUACAUUACGACAUAAAUACAAUGCACAGGUUCCUCUUGGUUAUAUUUAUCGUGAUUCCGAGGAGGACGCUGAUUCAACAAAACUAAACUUGCACCCUUAUCAGUAUGAAAUCAAACAUACACCUUACCCGCCGUCGAUGUUCCAAAUCCGUUCUCCCCAACCUCCUAAAAUAUUGGAAGAAACACCGUUGUCGUGGGUCUCUACUUCAGCUGAUUUCUCCGCUAUGCUAGAAAAGCUCCGUCAAGCCACCGAGUUGGCAGUGGACUUGGAGCAUCACAGUUACAGAACGUUCUCUGGCUUCCUCUGUUUGAUGCAGAUCAGCACGCGGGAUGAGGAUUUCAUAGUGGACACUCUGGCAUUGAGAGAAGAACUGAGUGAGCUCAACGAAGUUUUUACGGACCCACGGAUCGUAAAGGUGUUCCACGGAGCCGAAAGCGACAUCGUGUGGCUUCAGCAGGAUUUCAAUCUUUAUAUUGUCAACUUAUUUGACACUUUCCAUGCUUCCAAGGCAAUAGGAUUUCCAAAACACGGUCUUGCAAGCUUGCUCGAGAUGUAUUGUGAUUUCACACCAGAUAAACAGUACCAAUUAGCUGACUGGCGAAUGAGGCCCCUCCCGGAUGAAAUGCUUGCUUACGCACGCUCCGACACUCAUUACCUCCUUUUCAUUUACGACAAUCUCCGAAAUGCACUCAUCGACCUUGCUCAGUCACGUGCCCAAUCAUCGCAGAACGAAUCUUCCUCUGGGCCCGCAGCUGAUCCUGCUCACGCGCUCAUUCGUCAAGUUCUUUUUCGUUCUGAAGAAACUGCGCUGCGCGUAUAUGAGAGAGAACUGUAUGAUGCCGAAGAUGGAAGCGGGCCGGGAGGGUGGGACGGGUUAGCACGAAAGUGGAAUAAAGGCACACUCAUGGCUUCUGCGAGAGGAAGUGUGCGGCAAGAAGUUUAUAGAUCUGUUCACGCGUGGAGAGAUAGAGUGUCUAGAGAGGAGGACGAGAGCACAAGGUAUGUAUUACCCAACCACUACCUUUUUCAACUCGCAGAACAGCCUCCAUCGGACAUGCCUGCAUUACUGGCGUUUUUCCAACAUGUUCCUCCUGUUAUCCGACGUCGUGCAAAGGAGCUAUUGGACUCAGUGAGAGAUGCAGUAGCUCGCUAUGGCGGUAGUAAUGCCACACUUAUCGAGAAAACGGAAUCUAUUACGAUAUCGGAAGAUACAGUUAUCACAGACUUACCGUCCCCAAAUAUAGUGGAUCAAAUUGGGAAGCCUGCGGUGGAAGCAGCCAUUUCAAGGCUGUGGCCUAGUACAACUUCCACGAGUUCAAUAACAACACAGUCAUCUUCCCUACUUGGGUCUACCGCAUCCAGCAGCGUGAAGUCUAGACAAGUCGCAUAUUCUGCUCUACGAAGUUCGCUUUUUGGUCCCAAAUUGACUCCAGCGGUUCCACCAUCGGAUGUAAACACUCAAUUCAAAGAUAUCGUUUCGCGCAUCCACAGCACGCUGGUAAUUGUACCCUCGGCACCCAAGAUUGUAUCCCAAAUUGUGGAAACCACUGACCAAAAAGUCGUGCAAACGGGCAGCACACUUACUGCCACGGCUACUAAGACUGCUGCUAUAUCACAUACGGAUUUACAUCCUAAUGGAUCCGCAGGACCAAUGGAAAUCCCUUACGUCCCUCAGCGUCAGCGGCAGGCGAACUUGAAAGAUGAGCCUAUCGAUGACUCAAUUGUUAUCGUGGGCCAAGCCAGGCAAAAGAAAAGAAAGCGGCCGAAAACCCUGAAUGCACAUGAAAGGGAACCUGGAGCUGCCCCAGAUGAAUCUGAUGCAGGAGCACUGUCAAACCCUAAAAAAGCCAAGAAAGAAGAGAGGGAGCAGGCAAAGGAGAUUUCGACUUCCAGCCCAGACAUAGAACCUUUCGAUUACUCUGUCGCUCCGAAUAUGCUCGAUAACGGACAUCUUCCUCGAGAGGGUAUAAAUAAGCGUAACUUGAAAAGGGCGCAGAAAAAGAAUAGAGAAGCUGCGAUAGACUACGGCAAUUUUCGUGCCCCACCCCAGGCUUAUCGGGAAGUCAAAAGCGGGAACAAGACACAUACGUUCAAAUAGAACAUUCCUUGCAUGCCUUUUUGUUCUGUCGAGCGCUUUAUGCGGCAUCAGGAGUUGAUCUGAUCCGUUUUACAUCAUUUGUGGCAAGGCUUUGGAAUGUCUAGAGUGCUGCAGGACCAAGCGUGCUGCGAAGUAUUUGCUAGUAUCGUGGCCGGAGCUGGCACCUCAUGGCGUUAACUCGCAUAGUACAAUACGCCUGAGAUAUGCCUGAGAACGAACAGCCACAUUGCAGAAUUUGAUCGUUACACUUAUAGAGAUCUAUAGCCUGAGAAUGCUCACAACUCUACUACCAGUGAUACAAA